AUGUUCUGGAUUUGUUUAAACCAAGAACUAGCACCAUUCCAUGUUGGAGCGAAAUUUAUUUGUGUCAAAGGUGUUAUCUUUUUCAGCUUUUGGCAGGGAUUAACGAUUUCUAUUCUAGUGGCAACGGGAUUGAUCACGAAAAUUUCCGUCGAAGCUGAUACCUUAGUUGGAGGUGUGGUGGAUGACAGCCACCUAUCUGCUGCGUUGCAAGACACCUUGAUUUGCAUGGAGAUGCCUCUAUUCGCGAUGGCACAUAUGUAUGCAUUCUCAUUCAAAGACUAUGUCGAAUCGCCGAAGCGCUUGGCCGGACGCAUGCCGUUUUUGUAUGCAUUUCGGGACAGUUUCGGCACAGGGGAUAUUUUCUCGGAUACAAUGUCGACGAUUCAUGGAACUGAAUAUUCGUACCAAAGGUAUGAACCCAAUAAUGACAACGUCGUUCAUCAUGCAUCAGCAUAUACUCGCAGAAGCCGGGCUGGACUCCGAUACGCCCAUGGCGGGCGCUCAAAGUACUGGGUGGAUGAGCGAGUGACAAAGAUUGAUGAGGAAACACCUUUGUCCAGGGAUAUUCAUUCUCAAUAUACUACGGUACAAAGUCAGCUUCUCAAGGAGGAAACAUUUCUAACUCGUGAAGAAUUUGAAGAAGAUGAACGAUUGUAUAAUUUAAGCCGAAAACUCAUUUUUGGCGAUUAUAGAUACCCGUGUAUAGGACCCACAUAA